GCGAUGUCGGUGGGCUGCUAACAAGUUCCGUGACUGACGAGGGAGGGAACGCACGCGCUCGCCACUUAGUUCUAUUACAACCGCAGGGAGUGGAAACGGAACGUGCCAGAAAUUGAGUAGCAAUUGACGCAAUCAUCUCGUUGAGAGUAAACAAAACUGAACACAAAAUGAAGAAAUCCUGGAUAUACCUGUUUUACAUAGCUUUUAUCGUUACAAAAGCACAAACCGCCUCAAUUUCUAGCACCGAAACUUUGGUUGUUGCCAAGACAGAUGAUGAGGCGUCAACGGCUGCUCCGUCUGAACCAGUAACCGAUGAACCAAACGCUCCUAUCAAAGUGACAGAAAUGAGAGUUAAUUCGGAGGUGACGAUGCGGUACGCACAUACAGCUGUUGUCACACACGUCAGAAACCCAGCUUCCAAAGCACAGGAGGCAACUUUCCAUGUGCUGUUGCCAGAGACAGCCUUCAUCAGCGGCUUCAUAAUGACGUUGGGCGGGAAAUCGUAUAAGGCUUACGUAAAAGAAAAAAAUGAAGCGAAACAAAUUUUCAACGAAGCUGUCUCUCACGGGACUGGGGCGGCCCACAUCGCGGCCAAAGCUCGUGAUUCAAACCAUUUCACAGUAUCAGUGAAUGUGGAACCGAAGAGUGUUGCUAUAUUCAAUCUGACGUAUGAGGAGUUACUGGUGCGUCGCAACGGCGUUUACAACCACGCAAUCAACCUUCACCCGGGAACCUUAGUACCCAAGCUGGAGGUGGUGGUACACAUCAAGGAGUCCCAGAAGAUCACGACGCUCCGAGUGCCUGAGGUCAGGACUGGCAAUGAAAUCGAUGCUACAGAAAACGACGCACAAAAUUCAAAGGCUGUCCAAACUAGAAAUGGCGACAAGGAAGCUACCAUUACAUUCACGCCCGACUUGGACGAACAGAUGAACCUUAUUAAGAUAUAUAAGGACAAAACAAAAGAUACCGUAGCACAUCAUUAUUGGGACAACAAUGAGGAAGAAGACAACAGAGACGGAGUUUUGGGACAAUUUGUUGUUCAAUACGACGUGGAACGUUCGAACGAUGGAGAAGUCUUGGUGAAUGAUGGAUAUUUUGUGCACUUCCUGGCACCCAGCUCGUUGCCACCACUCAACAAGUACGUGGUAUUUGUGCUGGACACUUCCAGCUCUAUGAUCGGUCGCAAGGUGGAACAAUUGAUCGCAGCUAUGGACGCCAUACUGUCCGACCUCAACCCGAGUGAUUACUUCAGCAUUGUUGAAUUUAACUCCGACUACUCGGUCCAUGAGCUGAAAGAAGCGGACGAACCUCAACCUGAACCUCAAAAGUUUUCUUGGUAUGGAUCAACGUCAUCAUCAAACAAGGAACUUGUCUCACCAUCACUUGCUUCACCUGAGAACAUCGCUAAGGCCAAGGUUAUCAUUUCCAGAUUACGGGCUAAUGGAGGAACCAACAUCCACAGCGCUUUGAGCGUAGCUAUGGAUCUUAUUCAUAAGUUCUCUGGAAAGCACGAUAUUUCUUCUGAAAAAUCGAAUUCAAGUGACGCUGCAAACGAAAAAGCGAUAGCAAAUGCUAACGACUUGAAAACCAAACCAGUCCAUGAAUUGGAGCCCAUCAUUAUUUUCCUGACGGACGGCGACCCGACCGUCGGAGAAACCAGCACCUCGCGUAUCAUCUCACACGUCACCGAGAAGAACUCCGGAGAAAUGAGGGCUUCCUUGUUCUCACUUGCUUUCGGUGAGGAUGCGGAUCGCAACUUCUUGAGAAAGCUAUCGCUGCGUAACGAGGGCUUCAUGCGGCAUAUCUACGAGGCGGCGGAUGCGGCGCUUCAGCUGAGAGACUUCUACAAACAGGUCUCCUCUCCACUGCUGGCUCACGUCAAGUUCACAUACCCACGGGAACAGAUAAAAGAGGGUUCAGUUAGUAAGAACAAGUUCCGCACCGUGUACGCGGGCUCAGAGGUAGUAGUGGCUGGGGAGCUCCAUGACGACGAAGUUGAUUUGAGACCUGUCGUUAGUGGCUUCUGCGGGAACCAAAAUGGAAAAUUGAUUCCAUAUGAAAAUGAUCAGUCCAAGAUCAAAGUCACUCGCGUGAAGGAGUUCUUACCUCUGGAGCGCCUGUGGGCGUACCUGAGUAUCCAUCAGCUAUUGGACCAACGUGACGCCUCCGAAGAUACAGCCGCCAAAGAGCAUGAGAAGAAAGCACUCAAUUUAGCGCUGAAGUACUCGUUCGUGACUCCCCUAACGUCGUUGGUGGUGGUAAAGCCGAACGAAACGAACGCCGUGGACGCUGAAUCUGUAGACAAAAAUAACAACAAUCAAUUCUCAGGUAUUACACCACUGUCGUUUAAUGCAAUGCCUCAAGCGCCUUUAAGUCAUCAUUUAUUGAUAGCACCACCGGCGUACAGACCCAUGGUUAUGGGUGGGAAUGGAGACGCACUCGCGUUGGUAGGAGGUUUCCAUGCUCAAGUAGAAAACGAGGAGGUCGACGAAAAAUUUGACGACAUUGGCCAGAUCAGUCUCAACAGAGCUGAUUCUAUAAUUUCAAGUGAUUUUAUGCCAACACACAGACGUGUUUCCUUCGGAGGCGGUUAUAAAAGUUACAGAUUCGAUUCAGACGAGGACGAUUAUGAUGGCUUUAUAGACUGGCACAUCGCAGCGAGACCACUUUCGUUCGGAGGCUUCCAAACCAACAGACGUGUUCUAAGUUCAAGUUCAUUUAUUACAACACCAGCACCAGUGCAAGACUUUUUUGAAACUGCCGCUACCGAAGUCCCAGAUCAGGACAAAUACCAUUUAGAGAACUACAUGUGGGCUUUAGCUUUAGUGAACAACACCGCUGACGCCCUCGUGUUUAUGGAUAAUGGAACCGAAAUCGUUUUACAGCUCUCUAAAGAUAGUAAUGCUCCUCGUGGUAGCUCUGAGGAGUCCUGCACGAACGUGCCCGUUGACGCAGCGAGCCCUGCUUCGGGCCCUGAACCCCUGAAGGCCUCCUGUGUCUAUAUCACUCGCUGUUCCGCAGCCAGGAACAUCACCGAAGAUGACUAUCGCAGAUCAUACUGUCGCGUUGACAACAAAUACGCUGGUGUUUGCUGCCCGAGUAGCCAAAUAGACACCGAAGUGCUACCUCUUAUCUAAAAAUAUGUUUGUGAAGUAGUAAUUACUAAAUAUAAAAUAAUACAGAUCCCCUAUAAAGAACUGCGAUAUACGAAUUAAUGUGAUUUUUUAAAAUAUAAUAUAAAACAAAAUAUUACUCGAAAAUUCUUAUAUGAAAAAUAAUAGUUAAGUAAAAAUAUUAAAGAACAACUCGAUAAAUCAGAACGGUACUAUGGUUAAAUAUAUGAUAUAUAUAAUAAUUCUGUAAAUUAAAUGUCAAUAAAUUUAUAACAUAGAUUGUAGAAAACAAAUGUAUUUUAUUAUUAUUCUUUGAAAUAUAUUUCAUUUAUUUGUAUUUCACAACUAUAUGAUUUACUUUUUUCUAAACGUAAUACCUAACGUCUGCUGUCAUGUAUCUGUCAACUAAGAAAUAUUUGAUUACCAGAUUAUUAUGUGUUUAUUUUCACACAGUACUCGAGUUUAUAAUUCCUCCAACAAAUAAAAACGUUGACAUUGGCAAAAUAUUCCACGAUUCCAGUGCGAAGAAGCCAUAGCAUAAACAAAAAUAAUACCUAAAAAAAUUUUUUUUCUUCAAGUCUCCAAGCGUCUUCAGCUCUGUUUUAAAUAAAGAGAAUGUAUAUUUAUAUGUAAUAAGUUUUGUGGUUGUGAAUGAAUGUAUAGUUUUGAUAUUUCGAUAUUCUUGUCAAAUCGUAAUUGGAUUACCAUUUAAGUAUAAGAAGCAUUGUAUUCGAGCGUACGUGACAUUAUAUUUAUCAUAAUUUUUAAAUAUUAUUAUUACAAUUUUUGCUAAUGUAAUUAAUUUUAUAUAAAAUAAAUAAACAUUGUAUGAAGUAGAA